UGACGUUAUUUUAUGCGUAAUAAGGAUGCAACUGGGCAAAUCAUUUUUUUUUUAAACACUGAAAAUUCACUUGACACUUGAAACGCACACUGAUAAGUGAUCACUUAACAAGUGAUCGUCAAAGUUUAAUGAUUUCAAGAACGCGAUAGUUUUUUAUAAUUCCUAACAAGUUUAGCCGUAAUUAAAUAGUGGCGAAAUUGACAGCAACCAGACACUUGCAAAAUGGAUCCGAAUAGUAGCUGGAAGGAAACGGAAAAGGCUUUGGGACACUUUUUUGAUGCACUCGUCUGCGGCCGAUGUAAAAAUACAACAGUUGCUGCAGUUCGGUACUCCAACUGUGGACAUUUCUUUUGUAAGUCAUGUAUUGACGAUCAAUCGGUUUGUGUGGUUUGUCACACACCGGUACAACCAAAUGAAAUUCAACAUGACCUGAUGGUUGAAAAUCUUAUACAGGGUUGCAAAAUUAUUGAAGAAAUAAUUGGACGUCCAAAGUCCCGAAAUGGAGAAUCUUCGGCGUUCAGUGAAACCAAAACAACCGUUAUAAGUUCAUCACAGAAGAGAGCCAAAAAGCCAUUUAAUCAUACGCUUAAGCAUAUACCAAGAAAAAUUGACAAACGUAAUGCAAAGGGAGAAACCGUAUUGCACAAUGCUUGUACAAAGGGUGAUGAGAUGUUUGUUAAAUCCUUGCUAGAUGCUGGUGCAAAUCCUAAUACAAAAGAUUAUGCUGAUUGGACGCCAUUGCAAGAAGCUGCAAGCUGGGGAUAUUGCGCUAUUUGUAAACUCCUUUUAGAAGCUGGUGCCCAACCAAACACUCCUGGUAAAGACAAUAAAACAGCAUUACACGAGGCUGCAUCUAAUAAUAAUAUUGACGAAGCAAAAUUGCUUUUACAAUACAAAGCUAAUCCAAAUGUGUACGAUCAAUGUGGGAAAGCCCCAGUAGAUUACGCUUUUACCGAAGAGAUGCGUGAACUUUUGAAACAAGACAAAUGGCCGAAAACGCCCGAGAAAUUGUUAGAUUUAAAUCGUACAUUGGACCAGUCCGUUCGCAGUACGAGUAUUAAAAUGGUUAUAUAUCCUUCGAAUUUAAGCAGCGAAAGUCGUCAAUUGCUCAACAAAAUGGCCACUAGGCAUAAAGUGAAGAUCGUUUCAGAGUUCAGGCCUUCCAUAACUCAUGUCGUUGUCGAAGCAAAUAUUAAUAAUACCGCUAAAUUAACAUACGACGUGUUGCUGGUAAUUCUUCAUGGGAAGUGGCUCCUGAAUAGUGAAUGGAUUCGGCUAAGUUUAGAAUUGAAUGAUCUGACCGAAUUGGACUUGAAGUUGUUCGAAGUCCGGAGUGCUCCAACAAGCGGUACUCUAACUCGAGCGAGGGAAAACGCAGAGAAUCAAAAUCCUCGACUUUUUAAUCGGUGUUACUUUUACUUCGCCCUGAAUCUAAAAAACACGUACACCGUGAGCAACAUCCCGUUUACCAAACGCAGUUUGGCAGCUCUCGUAAAGGAAGGCGAUGGUGCAGUUCUAACGAGAGAGCCAAACCCGGAGGAGAUAGAGGCGAAUAAAUUAAUUCCAUUUCACGUAUCCCAAAAUCCACAGCAUCCCUUGCACAAGUGUUCCCAUUACAUCAUCUACGUUCCUGGGAAAGAGGAGCCGCGCAUCAAGUACAACAUGCCACACAUAAAAUCAUUGCCCCUCGUCUGGCUCAUCGAGUGCAUAGAAAAAUUCAUGCUACUAGACCCAGCUUUGCUGGGAAUAUCAUAAGGAACACGUAAACGACAUUCUUUAUCGGUAUCACGAGAAUAAGGGUAACUCUUGCCGUGAAGCGCAACCGAAAGCUUUAACUACUGUACCUCUUGCGUUAAGAUUCGCUGGGGAAAAAAAAAAAUAUAUAUAUAUAUUUAACGUUAA